AUGGCAGAUGUACUUGGUAUAGACUCAAAAGAUUUGGAAAUUAAAGAAGUCGAAGCUACAUCUGCUGUUUUAACAGCCGCUUCUCAUGCCCUUGGUAAAUUUUGUGACGAGGACUUCAAAGAUUUUAUGGGAUGCCGUUAUGUCACCAAAGACCCGAGACAGUGCCUCGAAGAGGGGAAGCUUGUAUCGAAGUGUGCAUUGACGUUCUUCAAGAAGUUAAAGGAAAACUGCCACGAAGAGUUUACUAAGUACUGGACCUGCUUGGAUCAUAACAAUCAAGAGUUUGGGUAUUGUAGAAAAACUCAAGCACCGUAUGACAAAUGUUUGUUGGAAAUGUUGAACAUCGAAACUAAGCAGCCUGUUAACCUUACAUUGAAGAAAUGA